UGUUAUACGCACCACAAUCCCUCCAGUACAAAUAAUCCCAGAUAAAUACAGCUGGUAUUGCUCAAUGGAUCGUCAGUUGUGAUCCCAGCAUCAAAGGGAAAACAAGCAAGGACUGCUCAUCUUCAUCAGUUCAUCGACUUGUUGUAAGGCACCUAUCUGACCUGCGAUGUUGCUUCGUGGUGUUGUUCUUCUUGUGGUAGUGGUCGCCACCCACGCCGGGUUCUCCGAUCCGAACUUCGUGGGUCGUCGUUCGACCAUCGUCCACCUCUUCGAAUGGAAGUGGCCAGCCAUUGCCCAAGAAUGUGAAACAUUUCUAGGACCUCGUGGGUUCGCUGGUGUACAGGUUUCCCCUCCAAACGAACACAUAUACCACAAAAUUUACCAUGACGGCAAAACAGACUUUACUUGGUGGUCGCGCUACCAACCCGUGAGUUACGAGAUCAACAGCAGGAGCGGUGGAGAAAGCGAGUUUAAGGACAUGGUACAACGAUGCAACAAGGUCGGGGUUCGAAUCUACGUCGACGCCGUCAUCAACCACAUGGCAAAUGAUAACAGUUAUGAAUUCCCCAAAGUGCCGUACCACUGGUGGAACUUCCACGCCAAAAACAGUAAAUGCGGCACAGAUACGAACGAAAUCAAAGAUUACAGCGACGCCCACCAGGUCCGGUUCUGUGAAUUGAAUGGUUUGGACGACCUUGACUAUUCCGUACCACAAACUGUGGAGAAGGUAGUCAGUUACCUCAACAAGCUUUUGAGCUACGGUGUUGCAGGAUUCAGAAUUGAUGCCGCCAAGCACAUGUUACCCUCGGAAAUUCAAAACGUUGUCAAUAAAUUGGGAAAGACGACUUUUGGUACUGAUCCAUACAUUUACCAGGAAGUCAUAGCCAUCAAUGAUCUCGAACCCAUAAAAUCAACCGAGUACGUUUCCAGCGGCGAUGUGACAGAGUUCAAAUUCUGUUACGAAAUUGAAAAACUUGGUAAGGGAACGAAAGCGCUGAGAGACUUUAGGACAUUGGGAAGGGAAUGGGGAUUGCUUGAUAAGUCGCAAGCUUUGGUUUUCGUGGAUAACCAUGACAACCAAAGAGGUCACGGUGGCGGAGGUCACAUUCUGACCUUCAAAGACAGCGCGGCAUACAAGAAAGCAACAGCAUUUACCCUCGCCUGGAACUACGGAGUCGCUAGGAUCAUGAGCUCAUAUCAAUUCACCAAUGGCGAACAUGGACCUCCAUGCAAUGUAAAUGGUGACACGCUGCUCCCACAAAUUAAGAAUGACGGUUCGUGCGAUGGGGGUUGGGUCUGUGAACAUCGCUGGAGACAGAUCCGCAACAUGGCCUGCUUCCGGAAUGCUGCUGGAAUGGAACCAGUCUCGAACUGGAGAGCCGAUGAACAGUUUGAUUUCAUCUCUUUCUCAAGGGGCAGCAACGCUUUCUUCGCACUUAGCAACGACAAAGACAAAGUGAUACGCUGGGUGCCCACAGGGCUAUCACCUGGGCACUAUUGUGAUCUGAUCAGCGGAGACCCAACCGAUACUGGUUGUACUGGCCAAACUGUAACCGUGAACGAUCACGGGUGGGCUGAGAUCAUCCUCCAUCCAGGGGAAGACUCGAUGAUAGCACUCACUGAGAGAGACAAAGCCGGCAGUGGCGGUGGAUGCAAGUGGAACUAGAAAGAUCAUCUUGCAAUGGCACUCCUACAAAUCAACAGAAUGAAGCCAUAAAACACUA